GCUAAAGCCAGGCAGUGCAGCUGUGGGGAGCAAAUACACAAACACAAAGGAGAUAGAAGACAGGGAGAAGGAAAAUCUCUGCCAACAUGAGAAUACCCCUGCUCUUCUCCAUCUGCUUGUGGAUGUUAUCAGAAGCAGAAGUCAUUCAGCUUACUGAUAUGUUUGGUGAAAUCCGAACACCCAACUUUCCUGACUCUUACCCUAGUGAAUCAGGGGUGACGUGGAACAUCACUGUCCCGGAGGGUUUCCGGCUUAAACUUUAUUUUAUGCACUUUGAUCUGGAACCAUCUUACCUCUGCGAGUAUGAUUAUGCCAAGGUGGAAACUGAGGACCAGGUUAUUGCCACCUUCUGCGGGAAAGAAAGCACUGACAAAGAACAAGCUCCAGGUCAACGGAUUAUUACAUCCCCUGGUAAUUUCCUGAGCCUCACCUUUCGGUCUGACUUCUCCAAUGAGGAGCGCUUCACAGGUUUUGAUGCUCAUUAUAGUGCAAAAGAUAUAGACGAGUGUACAGAGAAAAGUGAUGAAGACCUAGUUUGUGACCAUCACUGCCACAAUUACAUUGGAGGGUUCUACUGCUUCUGCAGAUUUGGUUACCUCUUGCACACGGAUAACAGAACAUGCAAAGUGGAAUGCAGUGAUAAUCUUUUCACCCAAAGAAGUGGGUUCAUUUCAAGUCCAGACUAUCCCAGUCCAUAUCCCAAGAGCUCAAACUGCCGCUAUAGGAUUGAGCUAGAAGAAGGUUUUGUUAUAAAUCUCCAUUUUGAUGACAGCUUUGAUGUUGAGGAUCACCCUCAAGUCACUUGCCCUUAUGAUUUCGUAAAGAUCAAAAGUGGCAAAAAAGAAUUUGGACCUCUGUGUGGAGAGAAGUCACCAGGGAGAAUAGAAACUGGAAGCAACAGCGUUCAGAUUCUCUUCAAUAGUGACAAUUCUGGGGAAAAUGGAGGAUGGAGAUUGUCCUACUCUGCAACAGGUGCACCAUGUCCAAAUCUGCACCCGCCAAUCAAUGGGAAACUUGAACCUUCUCAAUCUGAAUAUAUAUUUAAAGAUCAGGUUGUAGUUAGCUGCAACCAAGGGUACCAAGUGCUGAAGAAUAAUGUUGAGAUGGAGAGUUUCCAGAUUGAAUGUCGAAAAGAUGGAACAUGGAGUAACCAAAUUCCACCGUGUCAAAUUGUUGACUGUAGGACACCAAAGGAGAUAGAGAAUGGAUUCAUCACUUACCCUACAGCAGAUAAUCAUACCACAUACCAGUCCAGCUUUAACUAUUCCUGCAGGGAACCUUACUAUAUUAUGGUUCCAAACAUAACAAGUGUGUAUACUUGUGAUUCAAAUGGAGAGUGGACCAGCCAGGAGAUUGAAGCAAAGAUUCCUACUUGUCAGCCAGCAUGUGGGAAACCAACUCAGCCUCUCCCUGGAAUAGUGAAGCGGAUCAUUGGAGGACGGAAUGCAGAGCCAGGAUUCUUCCCAUGGCAAGUCCUUAUUGUUGUGGAAGAUCUUUCACGAGUUCCUAUGAACAAAUGGUUUGGUGGUGGAGCUCUUAUCUCAGACUCCUGGGUACUGACAGCUGCUCACAACUUAAGAUCCCAGCGUCGUGACAACACAGUGAUGCCAGUUUCCAAAGAGCAUGUCACCAUAUAUUUGGGUUUGCAUGAUGUGCAGAGUAAGACAGAUUCAGUGAACAGAACUAUAGAGAAAAUCAUAUUGCAUGAAAUGUUUGACCCAGAGAGUUAUAACCAUGACAUUGCCCUAGUGAAGCUAAAUGAGAAAGUUAUUAUGAACCAGUAUGUGAUGCCAGUUUGCCUGCCAGAAUUUGAGCAUGAGUUGGAAGGACCUCAGCCUAACACUCUAGGCCUUGUGGCAGGCUGGGGCAUUUCCAGUGCUAACAUCACUGUAGAGGAAGUUAUCAGCUCAGACAUAAGGACACACUCUGCUAUCCUACAGUAUGUCAAGCUUCCAGUGGUGCUUCAUGCAGUGUGCAAGGAGAGCUAUGAAUCCCGCUCAGGAAAUUAUAGUGUUACAGAAAAUAUGUUCUGUGCUGGUUAUUAUGAAGGGGGGAAAGACACCUGUUUCGGGGAUAGUGGAGGUGCAUUUAUUAUGCAGGACACUGACACAAAGCGUUGGGUGGCACAAGGGUUAGUUUCUUGGGGUGGACCUGAAGAAUGUGGGAGCAAGCAGGUAUAUGGUGUCUAUACCAAAGUAUCUAACUUUGUGGACUGGGUAGAUGAUAAACUUAAGUCCUAAACUGGCCUAAGAUAAACUACGAAUUAUAGCUGUAACCCACAAUAUCAAAACCCAGAAAGUAGUCAGACAAUCAAAGCUCAUAUUUUAACAAUAUUGUAUAAAAGUAUUUAUGAAUACAUUAAAUAAUUGUUCUUUUUUUAUAUAGUUUUGCUUUUUAAACUGUUAUUUUAACUAAAAAGUGAAGUGUUACUGCUUUCAGGAGACUGCCUAAAAUACCUCAAUCCUGGUAUUCAAAAUCAAGGCUCUGAUAAGACCAACUUUGUCUUGAGCAAAAUGUGCAAAUAAUGUACAAUGUAUGCAACUGUGGAAUUUGAUAUUGCUUGCUUCAGUAGAGCCAUCUUCGUGGAUUUUUUUUUAAGUAGUUAUGAAAAUGUUUCAAUGUAGAAUGCCUGUACCUAGCUAGCAAUAUGGAAUCUCGCAUGCAUAUGUAUACAUUCACAUUUGUAGAGGCAGAAUAAUCUAAGUUCAAAAUGAAAUAUCUCAUGAACAGAACUGUCUAAAUAAAGAAAAAAUAAUAUAAGCUAAGACAUGUAGAACAAUAAUCUGAUGCUAUGGAGAAAAAACAUUCUUAACAAAUUUGGUGUUUCCAACUGAAAAAAUAUUUUAGCAACCAAAUAGUAUAAUAAAGAGAUUCUGUUGAUAAAACAGGGAGUCUAAAGUAAAGUGAUUUUUAAUCAACAGCAGUUAAAAGUGUCAGUUAAACUCUACUUGAAUUAAGUAAUACAAAGAGGGUCUUUUUUUUAAAUUAAAGGACAUGUAAAGCCUACAUUUUUCUGUAUAUUAGAUGGGCAUAUUGUAUCUUCCCCACCCAAGCCACAUCAUUUGUACUGUAUAUACCCCCUCCAUUUGCUAUCAACAUCACAUUUUCCUUAAACAAAUAGCAUCUUUCACCGGGCGGACAUUUUCCGUCUGACACAUUAUCAGCAAACAUUGACAUCUGCAAACAGAACAUGUAUGCUGUAAAGUUCAUGCAAUGCAGAAUGCAGGUUUACAAAGGCACACAAUACUUUGAUAAAAGGUUCUGCUUGGGUUGAGCACUGUAAUGUUUAAGCUGAGCUCAGGAGAGGUGGUUAGUGUAAGAAAAUAGGAUCAGGCAGCUAGAGUUUCUAUCUCUUCAUUGACUGUGGGCUCCCUUUAUUAAGAAUUAUGCAGUACCUGAAUUUUACCUGUUUGAUAUCAGACAUUUAACAGAUCGGCCAAUUUCUAACCAGGAUUCCCUGGUAGAUGCCUUUGGCUGUGCAUAUGUGCAGUAGAGUAAAAUUGGUACUUAAACACUAAAAGCUGCACAGGGGCAUAAAUUAGGGGGCCCGUUCCUCUGAAAAAAAUUUUUCAUAGCUUCCUUCCAUUGAAAAAGCAGAGGUAGCCUUCAGUGCACUUAAAAUCAUGGUUCACCCACAAUUUUGCUUGUGUUGCAGGUCACCAGUGACAUUCUCUGUGGUCAUAGGGUCUGUCAGCUCUGUAUAGUUAUGCCACUGCAAGCAAACAAGCUGGCAGCAUAGAAUUCUGGUGUGGGGACUGAAGUAGGUAGUUAUAAUCUAUAGGUGAUUUCCAGUGAUUUUGCUUUUUAAUAGCAAGAUUUUUUCAACCUAUUUUAGCUAUCAGCUAAUAGCAUUCCUCAGGCAGUAAAACCACAGGCCAGUUAAGUUUAGUCUGUAACAAAUCAAAUCAGAAUUUUAGGGUUGCCUGCAAUUUCAUUUAUCAUACAGUAUGUAACUUUCACAAUAAACACCAUGGAUGCUGCUUUUGUUCUGUGCAUGGCCUAGCAAUUAAUUUUCUUAAAUUUUUUUGGAAUUUGGAAAUAUAGAAUUUUUAUUGCUGGCACACUGUGCUUUGGCACAGUAGGUCAAGCAUAAUAUCAGCCUUGUGUGGUUUAUGAAAAAUAUUCUAUCUUUGUAAAAUAUAUUCACAUGUAUAUACAACAUUUCAUGUGUAACCAAAUCCCUUCCUCAGGAUCCCCCAGGAAUAUAUACAGAAAGACAGUGCCCUAGGGCAUAAAAUCUACAGAACUGAAAUUCAAGAUACAGAGUUCAAAUACAGUAGGCUCUACAUUUCAGGAUAACACAUUAUUAUUAGUUUGGUGAGAUUAUGAGUUGUCAUUGGAUGAUGCGUAAAGGGUUAAAGCCCUUAAGGAAACACAAAAAAGAAAAAAUUAAUGGUCAUUUGCUUUUAAAGCAAAAAUGUUACAAUAAAUGUGCUCAUAGAAUUAGAAUACUGUGAAAUAAUGUUAUUUUACUGUGCUGUUAAUGUAUAGUUUUGAAUCUUAUUUCCCUUUUAAAACACUCCUACCAAAAAUAGCCAGAGACAUAUGAAUGCAGCUGUGGAUGCAAUUGUACAUUUCUUUGCCUGUUCUAUGAUUGCAAACUAUUUUCCAUGUUAUGUUUAUGUAUAUAUUCGUGCUUAUAUUUUAUAAUAAAGAUAUAUGAACU